GGAAAAGCUUCACAGUCAUCAGUGUAUGUUUUCCAAGGCUUAGCUUACAAUGCCAUUGAUGGAAAUCGUGCAAGUCAAUGGGGUCAGGGUUCUUGUAUCCACACACAGAACAAUCUUAACCCUUGGUGGCGUCUGGACCUGGUUGAAACCCACAAAAUAUUUUCUGUCAAAGUUACCAAUACUCUAGAUAAUGGGGCGACACGACUUAAUGGAGCUGAGAUCAGAAUUGGAGAUUCUCUGGAAAACAAUGGCAACAGCAACCCCAGGUGUGCUUUGAUCUCAAGCAUCCCUGCAGGUUUCACCGAAACCUUUGAGUGUAACGGGAUGGACGGUCGCUACGUCAACAUCUUCAUCCCUGGGAGAUACCAGUACCUGGUUUUCUGCGAGGUGGAGGUGUACGGCUCCAGACUGGAUUAGGUCUGAGGAGAACGAUUUUCAACAUCUGAUUAUCUUAUUGAUACUUUAAUUUCAAUCAUAGCUUCAUCUUCUUUUGCUAGCUGCAUAUUGAUGGGACUUGUACCUUGUUUAACCAGAGACUCUCCAACAAAAAAGUAAUGUGGCUUGCCAAACAUAAUGAAUAUUAACGGAUUAAUGUUUCCACUCUACUUUUAUUGUGUUAAACUGUCGCAUUUAUAAUUAAGAAAAUAUGGAAAGCGACCAAUUUGGCCUGCGACGGGACAUAUAUGUAUCUAAUAAAUUAAAUACAUUAUAGUCAAUCGGUGUAAAAAAAACGUUUUUACAGAAAUCCAUGAACCGAUCAGAUCUUCUCUGGUUUUAUUUUCUGCUUUUGAUGAUGUCACAACACAUUUUUUGAAUGCCUUUUUCAUCAUCAAUAUUAUAAUCCAGAUGCAAAUGAUCAAUUCAAACUGUGAUUGUAUACCUUGUAUGAUCAGCAUAUAGUACAAAUAUACCUUAACUUUACUAUUUUAUCUCUUAUAAUCUGACCAGGAAGUACAAAUGUAUGUUUUGGGGAAUUGCAUGUUAACAUUGUUGCAAUGUACGUUCAACUAAUGUCAUAAUGUAACCUAAACAUAUAUGUACACUCCUUAUUUACUUACAUGUUGCAAGAAUAAAACUUUCCAUUUACUG